AGAUAUAAAAGGUUGAUUGAACUGAUGCAAAUUGGAACCAACGUGGAUAUCCCAGCAAUUAGCGAUCCGGAUUCAUUAUGCAAAAUAUUCGUUAAAAGAAAAGACUUUAACCAGAUUACAGCAUAUCGUAUUUAUAGGAUUAACUUUUGCGAGGAGGCACAUCGAGUCAGUGAUGAGGACAAGGAGUUUAUAAAAAGUGCUUCAUCUAAAUCAUUUGGUGAAUCGGACCAAACGGCAUGCGAGGCGUUGAUUGAAACAGUGCAGGUUGACGCUAAUGUAAAUCCUGCACCGAUUAAUGAUCCCAAUAUAUUACGCGAAAGACUCCCAGGAACAAUCAAAGAUCCAAAUCGCCUCAAAGGAAUACACAUUUACAGAAUUAACUUUCGCGAGGCAGCGCAUCGGGUUGGCGAACAAAACGAUAACAUCAUAAACCGUGCUUCUACUCUGUCAUAUCGUCGAUCAGGCCGAGCAGUAAAAGCAAGGUUUAAAGACAUAGCAAGAAGAACAAAAAAUAUCUUAAAAGCUACGAUAUAA